UAUUUAUUUAUUUAUUUAUUUAUUUAUUUAUUUAUGUAUGUUUGAACAGCAUGUGAUUGUAAUAAAGCCCGUUAUGAGUGUUGGCGCGCGCAUCCCGAUAGCGCUGUGCUUGUUUUGUAUUAAUGACGCGUGCCGGCGCGCGCGCUCCCAAUGCUCGAGCCUUACAUACGACGUAAACACGUGCCGGUCCCCCAGUUACGGGUUGCUUUUGGGAUUUUACCCCCACAACCAUACAUCCUUUUCUCUUUCUCUAUCUCCCCUCUCUUUAUUCUUGGUCAGUAGCAACAGCAGAGGUCGUGAUGGCGGACCCCGUGGCGGCAGAAGCAGCAUCCUCUCCGUGUCCGACUCCGGGCCUUUCUCCAGCGGCGAGUCCAGGUUCAGAGCCUCCCUCCGUGGCUCUGUCUCCAUCGGCGGGCGGCGCGCAGCGGCUCCUUUUCUCGCAUGACUUGGUGUCCGGUCGGCACCGCGGUUCGCUGCGCUUCGGCCUUGUGCGAAUGAUCCAUGGAGAGGAGGAUUGGACCGAAGACGAGGAUGAGGACCUUGAUGGCGGCGGAGGCAGAGACGGUGGAGGAGGAGGCGGCGGCGGUGGUGGUGGUGGCGGCGGCGGCGGUGGCGGCGGAGGCGGCGGCCGCGUCCCCGGGAACUCGGACACCGAGAACGGGGCACCAGAGUCACGGACAUGGCCUCUCGGUAGGGGCUUCGUGCGCGUGCAGUGGUAUCCCGAGGGCACGAAGCAGGAUGUUCGGGAAACGAAGCUGAAACUUGAAGAUCGAUCCAUUGUGCCUCGAGACUUUGUGCGCCGAAUGAAUUCAAAUGAUAAGCAGUGUGGUAUAGUGACCAACAUUAACACAGAGUGUGCUGUGAAACUGGUGGGGACCAACUGCUGUUUAUAUCCUGUAAACAGUCGGGACCUGCAACACAUCUGGUCUUUUAUGUAUGGUGACUACAUUGUGUAUGACUUCUGGCUGGGGAAAGUGUAUGACCUCAGCAAUCGCAUCAUCCUAAAGCUGUCCAACGGCGCAAGAUGUUCAAUGAGUGAAGAAGACGGAUCCAAACUCUAUGAUGUUUACCCACAUGUCAGCGAUUCAGGGCUGUUUUUUGACGAGGCAUACGGCUUUUACCCGGGUCAAGUCCUCAUUGGGCCGGCUAAGGUCUUCUCCAGCGUGCAGUGGCUGUACGGUGUGAAGCCAGUCCUCAGCAAGAAGAGCAAGUUCAGAGUGGUGGUAGAAGAGGUGCAGGUUGUGGAGCUCAAAGUCACGUGGAUCACUAAGAGCUACUCUCCUCAAGGCUCAGACAGUGUCUUUCCCCCACCAUCCACCAUCACACAGGAGAACCUCUGCAGAGUGAAGCGCCUGGGAUACUUUGAUCACACACAGAGGCAGCUGGGCGAGAGAGCUCUGUACGUCUUUCCUGCUAAAGGAGAUGCGACACGAAUCACCUGUGAGGGGCCAGAGGGGGCGCCGGUCUUACCUGAAGACCCAGUCAUCCGGAAGGUCAAACGAAUGUUUAAAAAGCACCCAGGAAAGAAGGCAACGGAGAGCGCAGAAUCACAGUCUAACAGUGUGCAGACGGCUGGGAAAACGGAUGAAGCUGAAGAGCAACAAUCAGAGGCACCUCAUAUCCAUACAGAGGAGAAAUCUGGCCAACAAAGCUCCAAUAAUGGCCCCGUCCCAAAUGAAACAGAAGAGGAAAUAAGGGAUCAAGAACCUACAAUGCGUCAGGCACAGUGGCCUCUUCUCGGGGAGCUGGAGUCAGACGAGGACGCAGCAGAAGACACGGACGAUACAAGCUCAAUUACGUCCUCGGCCAGCUCUACAGCCUCGCUGCACAGCGGCCCGAGCAGAAAGAAGAGCAUCCCUCUGUCUAUCCGCAACCUGAAGAGGAAACACAAGAAGAAGAAGACUAAGUUCUCCCGAGAGUUCAAACCAGGAGACAGGGUGGCUGUCGAGGUCGUUUCCACGGUUACUUCAGCUGAUGUCAUGUGGAAGGACGGUCGACUAGAGACAGGAAUUCGUUCUAACGAUCUCAUCCCAAUCCAACACCUGGACAACCACGAGUUCUGCCCUGGAGACUACGUAGUAGACAAACGCAGCCAAGCUCUGCAGGACCCGAGCGUGUAUGGUGUGAUUCAGAGAGGAGACCACAAGGCCAGGACAUGUGUGGUGAAGUGGAUCAAACUGAACUCUACAGGAGACGAUGUGGAGGUGAUUGGUGAAGAAGAAGACGUCAGUGUUUACGACAUAUCGGAUCACCCUGACUUCCACUUUCACACCACGGACAUCGUCAUACGGAUAGGCAACUCCGGGUCAGAGGAGUUCAACAAUGAAAGGACUGUGGGACAAGUGUGCAGAGUUGAUGUCAGCAGUAAGGUGGAAGUAGUCUGGGCUGAUAACUCUAAAUCUGUCGUCUUGCCCCAGCACCUAUACAAUGUCGAGUCAGAGAUUGAGGAGACGUAUUACGACUCAGGUGAGGGCAGCACCAGCGGUGCCUCUUCAGAGGAGUGGGAGGAUGAGAGUGACAGCUGGGAGACUGAUAAUGGCCAGGUGGAGGAGGAGGCGGGGACAGGUGUAGAAGACUCCACCCCCAAAACAGAAACUGUGCCUGAGGUUAAAGCCUCGACUCCCUGUGCCAUGGCUAGCACAGAGACACAGGGGACACCUGCUACACCUGAAAUGCCUACAGGUGGAGCGCCAACAAGUGACGACAAACCCAAUAAGGAGACACCGCGGCUGGCCUUCCGUGAGCUCAAAGAAGCCCUGAAGAUCCUGGAAAGCCUGAAGAACAUGACAGUGGAGCAGCUGUGGACUGGAUCACCCACCUCACCCACUGCCGAGCCAACAGGCGCCACUGGCACCGCCACCCCAGCCGAUGUCAAGCCCACGAAGGAGAAGCGCUUCCUGGAUGACAUUAAGAAGCUGCAGGAGAACCUGAAGAAAACACUGGACAACGUGGCCAUCGCGGAAGAGGAGAAAAUGGAAGAGGAGCGGGUGUCUGCCCCUGCUGAGCCUCAGACACCGGUGCGCUCGGAGUGGCCCAGUGAUACGCCUGUCCUGUGCCAGCAAAGCGGCGGUAAACCUGGUGUCACUUUCACCAGUGCCAAGGGCGAGGUAUUCUCUGUACUCGAGUGGGCACCAGAUACCCACACGUUUAAGAAGAUGGAGUUCCAGCCAGCUGAAGCUAAGAAGUUCUUCAGUACAGUCAGAAAGGAGAUGGCUUUGUUGGCCACAUCGUUGCCUGAUGGCAUAAUGGUCAAAACAUUUGAGGACCGCAUGGACCUGUUCUCAGCUCUGAUCAAGGGUCCUACACGUACACCAUAUGAGGAUGGCCUGUUCUUAUUUGACAUCCAGUUGCCCAAUAUCUACCCCGCUGUGCCACCGCUAUUCCGUUAUCUGUCACAGUGCAGCGGGCGCCUAAACCCAAACCUCUACGACAACGGCAAAGUGUGUGUCAGUCUGCUAGGAACAUGGAUUGGCAAGGGCACAGAGAGGUGGACGAGCAAGUCGAGUCUCUUGCAGGUGCUCAUCUCUAUUCAAGGCCUAAUUUUGGUCAAUGAGCCGUACUACAAUGAGGCAGGCUUUGACAGUGACCGUGGCCUGCAGGAGGGCUAUGAAAACAGCCGUUGCUACAACGAGAUGGCCCUCAUUAAGAUGGUGCAGUCCAUGACACAGCUGUUGGCACAUCCAGUCGAGGUCUUCCAGCAGGAGAUCCGUGAGCACUUCUGUACCAGCGGCUGGAGACUUGUGCAGCGACUCGAGUCCUGGCUGGAGCUGGACACGGCCGUGUCUGAUCGUGUUGCUCGAAACGCCAGCACCAUGCGGGCUGAGCCACUAGAUGAGGAGGUUCCUGAGGCACUGGCGCACAGCAGUCCUACAGGCAAAUGUGAAGCCAGAGGUGAGGAAGAUCUUGAAGACUCUGGUCUCGGUGCUUCCAAAGACAUCAUCGUGAGCUUAGAUUUGGAUGGAUCCAGAGGUGCAGAGCCUGCACAGCAGAGUGGCAAAGCGACACAGGAGUCUCAGCCGUCUGUCAGGCCGAAGAAGCGGAGACGGAGCUACCGCAGCUUCCUUCCUGAACGUAGUGGCUACCCGGACAUCGGCUUUCCACUCUUUCCCCUCUCAAAAGGCUUUGUGAAGAGCAUGCGUGGCGUCCUGUUUCAGUAUCGUGCAGCACUGAAUGGCACUGGCAUACCCGAAGAGAAAUAAUCACUCAUCCUAUCAUCAUCCUUCAUAUUUUCCUUCUGAGAGCUGCAUUCAAUCCCUUUAACCCGCAAACCUCCAGCAAGGCUAUGCUCCUUUAGCUAGCCAAGCAGUUUUUUCUUAUUUUUUCUUGUGUUGUCCUAAACCCCUCUGUUGCUGUGAAAAACACCUCUUUCAUAUCGAUUCUGGUCUCUCAGGGAGAUAUUGAGAUGCCUGAGGCGCUUGGAGGAGGAGAAAGAGGAUGAUAGAAAAAUCUUUUUGAAUCACAAAAAAAAGACCUAUGUUGAAUUUUAGUGAUCUAUGAGGUAGAGUAUUGUGAGAGAGCUGGGACAGGUACACCAUUCAACACUGAAAUGGCGUCGUCUUGAAUCCUGAGCCACAAGACCAAAACUGACGGAGAGGAUUUCAUGAUACUGAAACAUGCAAAAGGUUUUGCACAAAGUUUUUUGUUUUUGACCUCUGGGCAAAAAGAAGAGUUGUUGCUUGUUCCCAUCCAUGUCAUGGUGAUGUUUUGGCUCGUCUGAUUGUCAUCCUCUUCAUCACUGGAGAACUACACUUCCCAGCAUGCUCUCCAUUCUUCAUUUCCUCAUAAAGUGCUGCUCUGUUACUUUCAUUUUCACUUUUGAGCCAAUCUCAAGCUCUUUUAUCAUUAGUGUUGCUUGAAGGUUUUGUCAUGUUUUGCCCCAAACCUCACACACACUCCAACCCCCUCCCCCUUUCUCUCUCUCUCUCUCUCUCUCUCUCCUCUCUCUCUCUCUCUCUCUCUCUCUCACUCACUCACACACACACACACACACACACACACACACACACACACACAAAAACAACUACUUGUAUAAGGAAUGUCACAAAACUGCCCCAAUGUGGCUGUGAGCCUGAUAAUCAGUUAGUACACCUGGUUACCAAGUUUACAUGCAAAAACAAACAAGACACAGUAAACUCUUUCGAUUCUCAGAACUAGAUCACUGGAGUUACUUUACAUCUGCCAUCGAGACCUCGCUCUGUGUAGCUCAUUUCUGCCUUCUCUUUAAACUCACUCCAUUCAUGUACAAUACAUUUUACACUUUUUUAUAAGGAAAAGUUACAGUUUUGCUACUCAUUGUCUUUAUAAUCCACAAGUAAGUAUUAAGACUUGUGCUAGACUUUGAAGAGACGACCUUUUAAAGAUCUGGGCUUGAACAAAGCGCAUAGACACGAUCCCUACAUAUCUCUCUUUCUUUCUCUUUCUCUCUCUGCACAUCUUCUCCAUCCUUUCCCUUAGCUAGCGAACAUCAUAUCUUUCAUACACUGCCCCACACUACGAUGCCAUACAAUACACACUGCAGAUUGUUCUUAACAGGAGUUAUAUUCAGAAGCACAAUCCCAACCCUUUUUCAUGUUGUGAAAUGAUUCGUUUAUCCAACUUUGUAUGUAUUCUUCUUAGGUAUGAUUGCAUUUAGCACUUUUCUUUUUGAGACAUUGUGUUUAUGGAUCAACCAGUAUUAUGAUGUAGCACAAAAAGGGAGGUGAAUAUUGUAUACAUAUCUUUUUCUGACCACCAGGGGGCGACAGAGUACUUUUUCCUGUAAACGCACAGUGUAUACAGCUUGAAGGGAGGCGAAAGAUAAAAUCGUGGCUGUUUGGAAAUACUGGCUUAUUGUACAGUGUAUUAGAACACAGUCUGGCUAAGGUAGAAAGUCUGAAUUUUGCAAUCUUCUUCCCUAAGCAUGAUGGGAAAACUGCAGCAGGCAGAAAGAAGUUUAUUCUUGUUCACAUCAGAAGAGCUGUAAAAGUGAAAGGUGGCAGGUUUUAAUAGUGUACUUGUCUUAAUAGUGUGCACGCUGCACAUGCUUCAGUCUUUCAGCCCUUUCACAUAUCGUUUAUAUAUCAGGCCUUUUUCUUUUUUUUUUUUACAGUGUGCAUCGAUAAAAUUGACCUGAACGGUGACCAACACGGCUUCUAACCAGAAAAGACCUGACUAUGCUGCAUUAAAUCUGGUUUUCUUCAUGGAAACUCAGUAGAUCCGCAGGAUAAUAAAUGCAUUUUAGUAUUACUGCAAGGAAGGAAAACUAGUGUUAGUGUGCAAACAUUCAGCACAUUUUCCCUGUUCAUUUCUUCAUUUUCACAUUUCUUCAUUUCAUUCUUUCGUUUUUCUUUUUUCCCUUCUUUUUUCUUUCUUCCAAUUUUUCUUUCUUCCUUGUUUCUCUCUUUCUUUUUACAUGCCACCCUUUAUUAUUUUUUAUGCUGAUCAGUAAAUGGAUUGCUGUGUAAAUUUCUGUGAUUCUGCUCUUUGAGGGAACCUGAUUAUUUACGGUUGCUCAUAGCUUUAUGCAUCUCACAGAAAUGUCAGAAUUGCAUUUUCUCCACCUUCCUGAGUAUAUAUUUGUCAGGAUAUACUAGAAUGAAGAUGUCCAGAGAAGCACUUUAUAAAACUGGACAUGGAAAAGUCAUGCCGUGCCUAUUUAAAUAUAGUUUAGUCUUUAUUUUCCAUCAGCUAAACAGCAGGCUCCUGCUGACAGUGUGGAUGUAUUCGAGCAGAGAGAAAUGAAUCAAGGUGAAUUUUGCUGGAUCUUAAUGGCACUGAAAUGGCCUAUAGACGUUUGCACUGCUUUUCUGUGUUGGAGCAGGAAAAUGCAUUAAACUGCAUGCUCCCCAGGUUCUCCAAAAUUGGCCUAAGAAAGUUCUUUGUAUUAUAAAGAUCUUUAUCCUUUUUUGAACAUUAAACUUUCUAGCAGUACAGUCCAUCUUCCAUUCUGGUCAGUCUGUGCAGUGGUUUUUACAAUCUCCCACAAAAGAGCAAACAUCAGUGGAUCUUUGUUUGAGUUUUAUUUUAUUUUAUUAGUUUGUUUUGGGAAUGUAUCAUAUUGGACUAUUUGGGAUUUGGUUGAAAUGCUGCUUAAUUCCAGUCCUGUGGAUCUACACUAAUUAGGAAUUGGUUCAGGACAUGGCCCGUGUUUAACUGCAUCUCUGUCCUGCUGAUAUCCUGUUGCUCAACUUUGACCUCCAACCCUCCCCAGUUCUGCUGCAAUGAAAACAAAUGUGAAGUCUUUAAAAAAAAAAAUCAGACAUCAAGCACAUGAAGCUCUGACCCGUUUUUCUUGCCUCAUGUAAAAAAUCCACCUUCAGUCCUGUUGACGAGAGACAACAGCCAAAGCAUGUAACAUGUCGCUUUAAGCCUUCCGGCUGCUCACAAGACUUGACUGUAUGAUAUAGAACAUUUCCACAGUGGCCUGUAUUGGUAAACUAAUGAGAAAAAAAAAAAAAAACAAGAUUUGUAGCCUGAUUUCCUCUGUACAGAAGUCAUGACUAUAUAUAAAUACAUAGAUUAUAUAUAUAUUUAACAAACAUGAGUUCAAGUGAUUAAUGUGAAUGCUUGGGGCAUAUUACUUGCGGAGUGUGUGUUACUGUAUUUUCUUUUUGUUCCUUUGUAUUUUUUUAACAAUUUAUUUUGGUUGCAUUAAAAAUUCAAAUGUAUAAAGUGAAGCAUUAAACUCUUGGCGAGCAGAA